AUGAAACGCGAAGCACCGUCUGAUCUACAUGGCUGCAACAGUGUUGGUGACGUGCGACCAGCAAAAGCGCGCCGGCGAGAAAGCCCCAGCACGAAUCCAGAGCUUUGGAAGAAAGAGCACGAGCACAGCAAAGCGCAGCAACCGCUUUCUCCCUCCUCUCCUGAAUGUGAUAGUAAACCUGAUACCCUCGAACACCGAACCACCACCCCUACAUCCCUCCCGAAUGCAACCGACGAGCUUACGGACGAUAUAUACCAGUGGAUCCCUGCACCGUCGGAGAUUGCCGCGCUUGAGGCGAUGAGCCAACCCGCGUCGAAACGAUCCCGAUCGUGUUCGAUCUCCACUGAUCGAGGGCGUGCUCCAUCGGUCUCGUCGGACAACAGCGAGAGCAGCUCGGCUCGGGACACCAGGUCAUAUGCGUACCGAGCCGUCAACUAUGUCACAAUUCUAGAGACCAAAGGCUGCUUCAUGCGACAGUCCCCCGCCGGUCCGAUGCCCGAGGAUAUUGCGCUCUGCGAGCGUCUUCUCAGUCAGCCCAUCGAACCCCCUAGUGGUACACUGCUCGAAGACGAAUAUAUCACAGCUUUUCAUGAUGCGUUGCAGAAUCGAUCCGAAGCGCGUCUCUUGGUAGACCUACACCCUCUGAUUAUGCCCUCCGCGGAGAAUCAAUACAUUCAGGGGAACCAAUCUCUGAAGGAUGUGAUUGAUGGGUACAAUGAUCCUUGGCUGAAGACCGAGCCGAUUUAUGGUCCCAAACCGCAGCCGGAUCAUGCGCGAGGCUUAAGAUGGUCGACCUUUUCCGAGACUCAGCGGCGCAAACUCGGGAUCAAGCCUGACGAGAAAUCACCCUACACGGUACGAGAGGACAUGUACUUUCCAUACUUGACCGCAGAAAUCAAAUGCGGGAACCAGGCACUGGAUUUUGCCGACCGGCAAAAUAUGCACAGUAUGUGCAUUGCCCUGCGAGCCGUGGUCUCUUUGUGCCAAGCGGCAGGCUGUACGGAAGAGGUGCAUCGGCGGAUAUUGGGCUUUUCGAUAUCGCAUGACCUCGGAGGCCUUCGAAUAUAUGGCUACUAUCCCGAGAUUGAUGAUGCCAAGGUGUCAUUCUACCGCUGGCCUGUUGCGCAACCCAAUAUCUGGUCCAAAGAGAAUCGGUGGACAUGUUAUCAGUUUGUAGAGAACCUGGACCGUGAAUUUCUGCCUAUUCAUACUCACCGGUUGAUGCGGAUCCUGGAAGAAUUCCCGGACCCAGACGAAGAUGAUUUCGAUGUCGAAGUCGACGAACUUGACUCUCAGGUGUCCAUGGUCGGAUCGCAGGAACGCCCGGGGUAUCGCAGAGCAGCAUCUUCGCAGAAUCGUGGUCUACAACCAGAGCUACGUAUGAUGGUACAAACAUUACAACAACAAUUGGGAGAACAGAAGGAACGAGAAGAGAAGCGAGAGGCGGAUCAGAAGAAAAAAGAAGCAGAGCAGAAGGAAAGAGAAGAAAAGCUCCUCGCUCAAUUGGAACAGCAAAAGCUACGGGAAGAGAAGCGAGAGGCGGAUCAGAAGGAACGAGAAGAGAAGCGAGAGGCGGAUCAGAAGGAAAGAGAAGAGAAGCGAGAGGCGGAUCAGAAGAAAAAAGAAGCAGAGCAGAAGGAAAGAGAAGAGAAGCGAGAAGCAGAGCAGAAGGAAAGAGAAGAGAAGCGAGAAGCAGAGCAGAAGGAAAGAGAAGAGAAGCGAGAGGCGGAUCAGAAGAAAAAAGAAGCAGAGCAGAAGGAAAGAGAAGAAAAGCUCCUCGCUCAAUUGGAACAGCAAAAGCUACGGGAAGAGAAGCGAGAGGCGGAACAUAAGGAAAGGGAAGAAAAGAGAGAAGCAGAUUAUAAGGAACUGCAAAGCAAGCUUCUUACUCUUCUAGAACAGAGAAGAUAA